UGGCAGUAAGUAUUUUGAAUCGAUGGGAGGUGUGUUGUGUGUCGCGCGCUCCAGUUGAAAAUAUCGGUUAAGUGAAAUUCUUUUAUAAUGUCUAGUGGGACAGGAAAUUUCAAAAAUCCCUUUUCGAGACCAUGGAUGACGGAAACUGGAGCCGCGGCUGCUACGGGUGGCGGAUCUACCGGACUUAAAGGAGUAGUAGCUGGAGGCAUAACUGGUGGCAUUGAAAUUUUAAUAACAUUUCCUACCGAAUAUGUGAAAACUCAGCUCCAGUUAGACGAAAAAGGUGGCACCAAAAAGUACUCCGGUAUUUUCGACUGCGUCAAGAAAACUGUCAAAGGCCAUGGCUUUUUUGGUCUCUACAGAGGACUCAGCGUGUUGUUGUAUGGAUCUAUCCCAAAGUCCGCAGUCAGGUUUGGCGUGUUCGAGCAGGCAAAAAUAUACAUGGUUAAUGAAAACGGAACCCUAUCUGCUAGUGGGAAGAUGAUGUGUGGUCUGGCUGCCGGGGUCGCCGAGGCGGUGUUCGCUGUUACCCCCAUGGAGACCGUCAAGGUCAAGUUCAUUAACGACAUGAGGACUGAGAAGCCCAGGUUCCGGGGGUUCUUCCAUGGUGUCAGGACUAUUGUAAGAGAAGAAGGUAUAGGUGGGGUGUACAAAGGUGUGACAGCAACCGUAAUGAAGCAAGGAAGUAACCAGGCCAUCAGAUUCUUCGUGAUGGAGUCUCUCCGGGACUGGUACAAGGGCGGUGAUAAAGACAAGCACGUGCCCAAAUACAUCGUAGGACUGUUUGGUGGUGUUGCAGGAGCAGCAUCAGUGUUUGGUAACACACCCAUCGAUGUCGUCAAGACCAGAAUGCAGGGCCUAGAAGCUGCCAAAUAUAAGAGCACAGUAGAUUGUUUCAUCAAAACAUGGAAACAAGAAGGUCCCUUCGCUUUCUACAAGGGUACAGUUCCUAGGCUAAGCCGAGUAGUAUUCGAUGUAGCCAUCACCUUCAUGAUAUAUGACAGUAUAAUGGAUGCCUUCAACUAUGUAUGGAAAUAAGUAUAAGUUAUACACAUAAUGUAUUAUCGAAUCAAUGGAAAAUAUGUGACUUAGGAUAGAUGCAAAUGUUUUUCACUCGAACUAAUGUUAUCUGUUUGAGGACAAUUGAAAUAUGAAAACAGUAUUUUACAAUCAACAAUCCUUCCAUUAUUCUUUGUUAUUUUUUAUUAAUUAUCAUUUUAAAAAUUGGGGAUAAGUGUUGAUAAUUCUGGUUACAGAUACAAUGUUGUUGUAUUUCAAUUGUUCAUACAAUAGUUGUUUGUAUGUUUUUUGUACAAAAAUACAAAGCUGUGCUAUAAAUAGACAUAGAAUAAGGGUAAAUAUAUUUUUGUAUACUUUGGAAUUAUUUUUAAUAGAUCAAGCCAAGCUUAUGUAUUUAUUUAUGUUGUUUGCUGCAAGGUUUUUUUAUUUGUUUUGUUAAUCUUUAUUUAAUUUAAUAAGUUGACAAAUUAUUAUUUAUUGAAUGUUUUUAAAUCAAAUGACUUUUUCAUAUUGUUUUUUUUACAGGCUGUGUGUGUAAUAAGUUUCAAUUAUGGGUGUAAUUGUUAUAUCUUUAUAUUUUGAAUAUUAUUCAAUUUUUUUUUUAUUAUUUACGAUGCAUUUCUUAUUUUUGUUUACUUAUUAAGAUCUCUCGAAACAAAAGUUUGACUAUUAAAGAUUUUUUUAUUUGAUUGCGUUUCGGAAACUGACAAAUUAGUUUAGAAACUUGGUUGGGGAUUGUUAAGUUUAAAAUGUUUUAACUAUAUUUGAGAGGUCUUAAUUAGACAUUCCUUUGUAACUUUAAUAUGGGUUUAUAUAAUAUUAUAAUUCAUUGCAUUUGACAUGACAUGUUGCCGUUUAUACAUUUCAAAUACUAAAUAAAUAUUUUAGAGAAAA